CGAAAUGAAAAUGGAUGGAUUGGAUAGAUGGAUUCAUACACUAAACAUACCUACAAAAUUAAAGAAUUCGGCUGUCAUAAAUCAAUCAGCAAAACGCACCAGACGCAUAAAAACGAUAAGCAACGGGAAUUUUGCAGUAUCACAGAGCAUCCGUCCAUCACCCAGCUAGAGUGUCAAUAUGCGCCGCUCCAGCUCUGACAUUACAACUACGCUGCUGAUGGCGGCCUGCCAUCUGUUGUUAAGCACCGUUAUGCCGACGAACUCGCUGACUGUACGAUCCAAUUUAGAGAUUGUCAAGCAAUGGAAACUAUUUUCUUUUGCAUUUCCACCACAUGCGCCAGUCUCCGAUCCCAACUACUUCAAUCAGCUGAAUGUGGUGCCGACAAGCAUGAUAGUCGCAUAUGACCGCAUAUUCAUUGCCACACCCAAGCUCUUCUCAGGCGUGCCCACAACGCUUAGCUACAUUUCAAAAUCGGAUAACAGCGAGUCACCACAUUUGCAAGCCUAUCCCGACUGGUCGUAUUCUGUUAGCGGCCUAAACAAUUUCAAUUGCAGCGAUCCAUAUUUAGUUUCGGUGUAUCGCAUGCGUAUCGACUCUUGCAAUCGUUUGUGGGCCUUGGAUGCUGCAGUCUCGCGCACAUUUGAAGACUCCGAACAAACGUGCCAACCGAAGAUAUUGGUAUUCGAUUUGAAUACCGAUCAAGUGGUGAGGCGCAUUGACAUUCCGAAAGAUGUUUUGCGCAAUCAAUCAGUUUUAGCAAAUCUAGUAAUUGAUGAAACAAGUUCUACAUCAGGAACAUGUGACGAUGUUUUCGUUUAUAUCGCAGAUACAGUGAAGCCGG